AUGCAGACGACGUGACUGAGCGAGCAGGAUGAGGAAGUAGCUGCUGAAAAAAAUUGAAGUUUGUAACUUUGUAAGCUGCGAUGAAACUCCGAAAAUACAGCUUUUAUUUGUGAAUUAUCUGAUGUUUGCCGUUGUGUCAUUAUGCCGGAACUGGAGCAUGUCAUUGAGGAGGUGAAACGGUUCCUCAAAGAUGUUGAGACGUAUCUGUCCAUCACCCUUAAGAAGGAGAAACUGAAGAGAGAGACCAACACGAAGAGAGAGGAACUUCUCAAGGAUGUAGCCAGCAUCAUCGUCAAACUCUCACCACCUGAGAUAGAGGAAGAAGAACAAGAGGAAUAUGCGGACGUGGACGUGCCAACCAGUCUGUCGGCCGACAAGAUUCAGGAGGAAAGGGAAGAUGAAUGCGAUGACAUCUAUGAAGACACGGUGCCGGAGUCCACCCACAGCAACGACUCGUCUCAGAACUCCGACGACCAGGAUGAUGGGGAGGAGCAAGAAGAUAGGAGUGGGAUGUUUGACCUGGACGGAGAUCCUUAUGGUGAUGUGAAGGUGGACCCAAUUGCAGCGUCCGACUUAACUGCUUCAAGCAAAGAAGGUUAUAUGGAUAAGAAACGGAAGGAAGGGCAGUUUGGUCUGCAGGCCUGGCAGAAACGCUACUGCGUCAUCAAGGGCAACAUCCUGUACUACUACAAGAAGAAAACUGACAAGGAGCAGUGCAAUCAGAUUGUGCUGACGGGCUACCAGGGACGCGAGGCGCCAGACUUUGAGAAGAAGAACAAGAGGAAGGAUUUGCUGUUUGAGGUGGUGUGUCCGGCCAAGCGCUCGUAUCAGUUCAUCGCUCAGAACAAGAAAGAUUUGCAGGAAUGGAUCAAGGUCAUUGCUGUCGCCAGCAAACUGGGACCAAGUCUAGUAGAUCCUCUUGCCAAAUCGACCCCCAACAAUUCAGGAGGCAGCGAGGAUCUCUCGGAAGAAUUGUACGAUGACACGUCAGCCCCUGCCCCAUCGUCCGAAGCCAAUGAUGACGAUUACGGUGACACAUAUGAGGACCUGGAUGCCUACCAAGCAACCAAGAUAGGUGAGCAACCAGGGGCAACUGAGACGCCUGCAGUUGCCUUGUUUACGGGCGACAAUGAGGAAGACGGGGAGCCAAUAGAGGAGGAGAUUUACGAAGACGUACCGAAUGCCAAUGAGCCGCCACCAGCACCGUUGCCUGAACGCAUUCCAAAGCCCUCGGCUGCUAAUAAGCCCUUACCACCAGACCCCCCGAGGUCUGGCUCCCCGCCCCCCGUGCCAACCACCCACCGACCGAUGCCUGCUGCACCCGACACGCAAACAGCAAAGCCGUACUCGCCACAUACGCAAAUCAAGAGCUACCAGGGCAAGAACGUCAAGAACAUCAAGACGGGAUCCAGCCCAGCUCAUGCCAAACCGGCAAUCACUUCCACCCCGGGGCCCCCUAUCCCCUCUCGUUCGGCGCCUGAGAUGAUCACAGCCCUGCCCAGGAAGGAACCGUGGGAAGAAGACUAUGCCAACAUUUACAUCGGAUUGUGGGACUGCAUGGCUGACGACCAAGACGAACUGGAGUUCCGACGAGGCGAGAUGGUCCACAUCAUCAGCAAAGAGUACGACCCUUUCAGCUGGUGGAUCGGUGAGAAGAACAAUAAAGUGGGUCUGGUGCCCAAGGACUACCUGAUGAAAGCUUAUAUGAUUUAGUCAGUAAACCCAUGACAACAAAUGUAUGCAUUAUAGUGCUAAAUGCCUUUGUCUUUUCAUUUGCUAAUUAAAAAGCAUCCAAUAUAAAACAACAUAUUUUAUCCACUUUGGGCUUUCGAAUUAUCGUUUACUUGAAGGUACAGUUACCAUUCCAUCAGUUUUGUUCACAGUGUUGGAUUUGGAUUGGUAUAGAAGAAAACUUUCUUUCAGCAAACAGAGGAAGUUGGCUAAUAGAGUUCAAUUGAAAUGCAAAUUUCUGGGUUCCGUUUUGUACAUUUUCCAUUACGCUUUAACUGUUUUGAGCAAAUCGAAAAGUUGUUAAAAUGUAUCUUAUUUUUGGGCCCACAUUUGUAUAUCUAUUUAAAUGUAUAUACUAAUCAUGUUAAGGCUGCAGGCAUUUCCAGCCAUAUAUUUACAACUAAAAUCUGUUAACUGGUCUAUUACAAAAUUAUACCUAGUGAAAUGAUAAGAAUAAUAUAGUUUUCUAUCAAAAGUCUAUGCAAAGGCUUAAAUUUUAAUUAUUUUUCACUUAUUUCCCUAAAAUAUGAAUGUAGUAAUGCAACAGUCACCGAAAAAAUGCAUUAGUCAUAGAGAAAAAAAAAUGCAAUUUAAUAGGUAAAUACUUCCAUCAACAUGUACUAAGAAAAGGAACUUGCACCUAGCUGUGUUGACAUACCCGAAGCUUUGAAGUUCAUUUUUAUAUAACUCAGCUCGUAGAUGAUUUAGCGACAUAGUUUGUGUACAUAUCUUUCAAGAUAACCUAAUCAAGUGGAAUGGAACUACAUGUACAUGUACAUGUACAAUGUACAUGUACAUUGUAUAUGUAUGUAAGAUUUGGGAAUGCUUCGGCAAUUUUGUACAUUUUUUGCAAGGGAAAUCAACAUUUUAUUUCAGAAAGAAAAAAGCUUUGAAAGAGGAAUUCUGUUGCGUACCCAGGCUGGCCAGGUUUGGGGGUAAUUUUCUCUCCCCCUUUUCUUGGUUUUAUAAAUUUUUUAAUUUUCCUAAAUUUUUUAUUAUUAUUAUUAUUUUUGUGUUAUCAUUAAAUAUCAGUAUGACAUAUUUGUGAAUUGCAGUACACUGUAUACAGAUAUUCUAAGCUUCAUGUACAAGUAGCUGGUAUCUACAAUAAUAAAAACAUAAUUUUGGUGUCCAUCCUUCAUGUCCUUUCAGCAACUUUUUCUCAAAAUUACAAUUUAAGUUACAUCAAAGCAACUUACCAAGGGCAAAAGUAAGAGUUUUUAUUUUAAUUUAACGUUCAUAUUACUCCGAGAUGAAAUUUAAUGCAGGAAAUUUAAAGGUAUAUAUAUUUUUGUGGUAUAAUUGAACGAUAACAGGUACAUGCUCAUGAAUUGCAAUAUCCGAUCUCUACUUUUUGAAAGUUGUCUGCACUAUGCAGAACUGCAUACCGGUAACUAUUGCAUGAAGUGGCUUACCCUGAUUUAUCUAGGGGAAGGGGAGGCAUUUACUUCGAACCCUAAAUUGUUCUCAUUGCACUUUUGCAGAACUUUGUUCUCGUCCCUUCCCCCGUUUUGUGGCGUCAUACUUAAACCCCAAACAAGUGAGAUGGGGUGGGGGAUACACCCCCCCCAUUAAAAAAAGAGUUAUUUAAGGUCAAUCUACACAUACAUAAAGUAGUCAUGUCAAUUUAAAAAAAAGUCUUUGAAUUUUGUUUCCAGUCCCAUGUAUUUUGUUGGUUUUCUCACUUAAUUGUAACGAUCGAGUGAAAAUGUUGAACUGAAAUCACCCAAGUCUACAAACAUUUAUGCUGGCUUCUUUAGUGGAACAAAUACGAGUUACUUUUGUAUUGGGUGAAAUGGUUCAAAAUAUCAAAACAUACAUUGCAGAUGCUUAUGAAUUUAAAACUGAGCGAGUAAGUGAUGUAAAAAUGAGCAAUAAAAACACAUAUUGUUGAUUGACAAUA